UCUCGGAGCUUAACGGGAGGAAGAUUUGGUCACGGCAAAGUUGUUGCAGAUGCGAAUAAGGUGGCUGAUCAGGAGAUCAGGUGACCGCGUCAGGCGUGUGUGCGUGUGUGAGAAUUCAGAGAUUUGCGGAAAGUGGGAUGGCACGUUUUAGCCUCGGAUUCGUUUAUUUUUUGUGUUAAGUAUAAGUAGGAGUUUAGCUUUACUUUGCACUUGCAAGUUUUUCAAUUCAGUUGAAUGAAAACCACCAGAAAAUUGCCCCGCAAUCUCUCACAUUUCUAGUUCUCCUCUGAAAAUUUGCUGCUUGUUCUUUCUCUGAAGUUUUUCUUCUACGCGUGUUGCUUGCUGCUGCCGUGCCGGACGUGAGCAGUGUGCGAACAAGUUCUUCGUCCGUUGUCCAUCGGUGUCUCCGCCAACAAGUGGUAUCAGAGCACUCAGGUUGAGGGCUGAUCUGACACCAUGGCCUUGAUUCCGUCGUCGCAAGAUCCGGCGAGGGGAAGCUCGGGAAGCGCAUUCCUCUACCCGCAACUCACGGCGACAAACUACACCAGCUAGGCGAUUCGCGUAUAGGCUAUGAUGGAGGACCAGGGCGUACGGGACGCCAUCGAGCCGGCGGCCGGGGCGGUCGUCGAUCAGAAGAGAGACAAGAAGGCAAAGUCUCAUUUGCUGCAGUCGCUGCCGGAAGACUUGCUGAUGCAAGUGGCGAAGAAGCGAACCGCAAAGGAGGUAUGGGACUGCCUGAAGACAAGGUUCGUGGGUGCUGAUCGCGUGCGUGAGGCACGGUUGCAGACUCUGAAAGGCGAAUUUGGCGCGAUGGCGAUGGAGCAGGGCGAGUCCCUGGACCAGUACGCUGGGCGGAUCACCGCGAUCAGUGUACGCCACUCGGCGUUGGGUGCGACGCUGGGCGAUGCUGCGAUGGUGAAGAAAUUGUUCGACACCGUGCCGGAAAAGUUCGUCAGCCUUGUCGCAGUGUGCGAACAAGUUCUUCGUCCGUUGUCCAUCGGUGUCUCCGCCAACAGAGGCAUGCUAGUGCUGCUCAAGGUGGGCGUCGCCAUGGCGGUGCUCCGACCGAUGGUGGCGUUCAUCAACCGCCGCAACGCGGGGCGGCACCGCAUCGGAAACUGGGAGCUGGUGCUGCUGCUCGUCGCCGUCUCGUUCAUCGGCAACUACCCGGAGCACGCGGGGUUCGACAGGGUGCCGGCGAGCCUCCUGCUAGGGCUGGUGUUCCCGAGGCAAGCAACCUGGGCGGAGCAGGCGCUCAUGGCGAUGGUCGUCGGUAGCAUCAUUAGCACCGUCAUCGCCGGGCCGGUGUUUACCAUGCUAUUCCGGAAGGAGAAGGUGGCGUACGCACGCAGCGACCAGGCGCUCGAACACCUCCCGCCGGACAAGGAGCUGCGCAUGCUCGCCUACGUGCACAACGCGCGAGGUGCGCCGGCCAUGCUCAGCCUCCUCGAGCUCCUGGCGACGACGCCCGGUGCACAGCCCACCUGUUCGACACCGGCCGCAAGCACGUCAGCCCCAAGCGCUACCACCAGCGGGUCAAGGACGCCGACAAAGCACGUCGACAGGGGAAAUAGUUUUUAG